AUGCAUAUCACCAUUGCAGAUAUUUAUAAGAAAAUGGUUUCCGAAGAGAUCACAAAAUCAUGUACAAUAGAUGAAAGCUCAACAGAGUUUAUGGUUUUAACUAAAUGUGAAAAUAUGGAAGAAACAGUGGUUGUUGAAGAAGAGAUAAUUAUAGAUGAACAAGCAGAUGUGAAACAACAGAUUUUAGAAGAAGAUGUUUGUGACUCAAAAGAACAAUCUUCUGAAUAUUUGAAAGAAGGUAUAGACACAACAAUGCAGGCAGAGUACACAGAUGUCAUAUCAUUAUCUAUGGACAAUUUAGCUAAGCAAAAGUGGUUUACCAAUAAUACGCAUAAACAAAAUCUAUUGCUAUUAGAAUCGGAAGAAAGCGAAUCUGAAGUAAGUAACAAAGCAACAAACGACAACGAUGAUCAAGAUGGAGAAGAAGAAACAAUAGCUACAUUUGUAACCGCCGCUGGUCAGCAGCUAGCAUUAUAUGCGGUUGAAGAUUCGGAUGAAAUCUUUGCAGUAGCAGUCUACGACGGAUCGGGUGAACCUCCGACGAACUUCCAGUUUCUUAUGAAAGCAGAUGUCGAAAGGCUAAUAGGUGAAGGUGCAGUUAGAACCGUAAAAAAACCGACACAAAUAAAAAAACAAUUGUUAACUACUCAACCACCAAUAUUUUUUUCUAAAAGCGAAUCAACAAAUAACAUAGCACUCUAUAAUGAAGAUAAAAAUAUUACAUAUAAAAAUGGUAGAUUACAGGAGAAAGAACGUAUGACGGAAGAAAAUUCUACUGUAAUAGAAGGUUCUGAUUUGAACUUGAAUAUGAAACAGGUUCCUAAAAUUAUAUAUGCAGCUCAUGAUAAACAGUCAGAUGUUACAUAUGUAAUGAUGAAUGAUUCUUCCAUAAAUAUGGAUACUUCCGAAGAAUAUCAAGAAAAUGAUGAAAGUGAUAAUGAAAUUAUAGAACAAUCAACUGUGCAGUAUAUUUUAUUUGGGAACGAUCUUGAUUCUGAAUUAACGUUUGAUGAAAUUCACGAAACUCUGCAGAAUUUGAAAUCAGCUGAAUUAAAUCAUCAAAGAAACAAUGUGAACAAAAAAGCCGUUAGAACACAAAAUAAUCAUGAAAGUACUAAAGAAACCGACUAUGAAUCUUUAAGACAUAAAAAUUCCAGUUUGUCUAAGCACAUUUCCAGUACUUUAACAGAGAGGAAGUUAAAUUUAAUGGAUAAUAAACAAGAACUUUUAGAAACCUUUACAAAUUCAGACAAUAUGAUGUCAAAUAGUACAAAUUUAGAUAUAUCUAAUGGUUCCACUGAAUGUAUGUCACCUGAAUCAUCCCAAAUUCAGUGUAAAGAAAGAUCUCGAAAACAGCAGUUAGUUUCUGUAAAUCGUGAAGAUUCGGAAAUUAUAAUCCAACCGGCAUCUUUGUUAAGUGAAGAAGACAAUAAUGUUAGAAAAAGGGGGAAACAAAAGAGAGUGGUAGGUCAUUCUGGGCAUCGGCAAAAAAAUAAUGAAGCGAAAAGAACGAAAAGAAUUAAACACAAAGAAGUAGAAGUUAUUGAAAUCGAUAUCGACGAAGAGGAAAAUAUGUUGCAAUAAAGAGAUGUUGUUGAAAUAACUAUAGAUGAUAGUAAAGAUAAAUAUUCUAGCGAUAAAGAAAACGAGAUUAUAAUGGUUGGGGAUUCUGAUGACGAAUUACAACAGUCCAAUUCAAAAGCAAUUUUACUGCAAUGCCAACAUUGUUCAAGAAAUUUUAGGCAACAAAGAGCAUUGGAAACUCACUUGAGAGUUUGCUCAAAAUCACCGUCAAACGCAAUCCGGUUUAGCGAACAAAAGCUACAUGCGAAUGGAACGCAUGAAGAUACGAUUAAGAAACAAUACGCCUGUAAAAUAUGUCAGCAGAAAUUCGAUGUGGUAGUAGCAUUAGCGCGGCACGUACGUUCAGAACAUUCUCAAAGGAAAAAACGUAGAUUCAGUAAGUUAUUGGUAGAAUCACCAUCCAUAGAAGUUGAAGAGAAAGAAGAGUAUGUAGAACCAAAAAAACAGUUGACUAUGAUUAAAAAGAUAAAAAGAAAAAGAAGUCAGCGACCUAAUUGUACCUGGGAAGUAAAAUUAAAUUGUUCCGAUUGUGGUAGAUGGUUUCCAAGUAUUGCGUUAUUAAGAGCUCAUUGUUUACAGCAUGGAACAAAAAAUCUGAUCAACAGAUACGUAGAUGUCAAGUAUGUAAGAAAUUAAUACGAUCUAGAUUGCUGUUUAUACAGCACUUAAAAAAACAUAGACAUUUACAAAAGAAUAUAAAAUCGGUAGCAAUAUACAAAAAAAUUACACACUACCCAGGUCAAUGACAGGUAAAUUACGACACUCAGAAAACGAGGACGACCACGAAAACUUUGAUUCCUUUAGAUAUCGGCACAUAGAAUUUCAAGAAAUUAAUGAUAUGUGGCGAAUGUUGUUAUUAUUUCUUUUAAUGUGAGAUAUGUAUAAUAUGAUGUUCAUACUUCCAAUAAAGAUUGGAAAUAUUUAUGUUUGUUGGAGAAGCGAUAUCUUUUGCUUUAAAAUAUAUUAGAUGCCUAGCUAAAUGUAUAUAUUGUUUAGGUAUAUUGUGUAUAUUAUGUAUCAGUUACUUUUACAUUGUCAUAUACAUUCAUAGUUGAAGUAGUACGAAAGAUUGACUUUCUCUAAUGCAUAUUUUUAUUUUAUCCUGUAAUAAAAAGUCUUAAAAAUUAA